UAUGGCGGGAGUUUUGAGUUUCCACGUCAUCAGUAUCAAGAACUCGGUUGCGUUGAAGCCCGUCACCAAACAGACCAUUAAGAGAGCGUCAGUGAUCAGAUGCGCCGCGUACACACCGAAGAAACGGUACACCAUCGCUGUGCUUCCUGGGGAUGGCAUCGGCAACGAAGUCACCCCUGUCGCUGUGGACGCGCUUCGUUUAGCUGGAUCACUCGAAGGUCUCCUCAUCAAUUACUGCGCUCUACUUUGGACUCAAAACCUAAAAGGUUAGAAUUGAGCUUCGAGGAGUUGCCAAUAGGAGGUAAAGCUUUAGAUCUGGUGGGAGUCCCAUUACCAGAGGAAACGUUAACAAGGGCAAAGCAAUCAGAUGCUAUUCUUCUCGGAGCUGCUGGAUGGCCGAAAUGGGAUGAUCACCCCAAGCAUUUGAAACCUAUAACUGGGUUAUCGCAGCUUCGUGCGGGUCUUGAUGUGUUUUCCAACUUGAGACCUGUUAGAGUGUUCCCUCAGUUGAUCGGUUCCACAUGUCUGAGACAAGAAACAGUACAAGGGGUCGAUCUAAUGAUCAUCCGGGAGCUUACUGGCGGUAUUUACAACGCACAUCCUCGUGGUUUUACUACUAAUGAGCAAGGUGAUGAAGUCGGGUUUUGCACCGAGUCCUACUCUUCAACUGAGGUUGAUCGUAUUGCUCGUGUGGCAUUUGAGAUUGCUAAACAACGCCGUGGUAAACUUUGCUCUGUUGACAAGGCUUCAGUCUUGGAGGGUUCGAUAUUGUGGAGGGAAAGAGUAACGAAAAUGUCCUCAGAGUAUCCUGAGGUUGAAGUGACCCAUCUACUCAUUGAAACCGCUGCAAUGGAUCUUAUUCGCCACCCAAAAGAGUUUGAUGUCAUCUUGACUGGGAUCAUGUUUGGUGAUAUUCUCUCUGAUCUUGCGGCUGUGAUCCCCGGAAGUGUAGGAUUGCUUCCAUCUGCUUCCUUUGGUGAUUCUGGUCUUGGAAUCUUUGAACCUAUACAUGGCUCUGCACCUAAACACUAUGGGAAGGACACGGUGAAUCCAUUGGCAAGUGUUCUAUCAGCUGUAAUGCUUUUGAGAUACGGAUUGAAAGAAGAAAAUGCUGCAAAGAGGAUAGAAGAUGCUGUUUUCGAUGUUCUUGAUCGUGGAUUCAGAACACGUGAUAUUCACACUCAUGGAACUAUACUGGUAGGUUGCAAGAGAAUGGGGCAGGAGAUACUGAGAUCCCUGGAUGCCAAAGUUGAUAAUAGAGUCUUAGCCUCAACUGGAAGUUUGGUUUAUUAGCUGCAAAAGUUUUAAUAAAAGCAUAAUCUAUAGUUUGAUAUUCAAAUAAGCACCAUGUUUGUUUAUAUGUUUGAAGAUAAAAAAUAAACUGCAUGUGUAUUUGUGUGUGUAUCUAGAAUGAUUAUGAUGGUGAUCUUCUUAUCUAGAUGUUGUAUGUGGUAAAUGUAUUCCAGUAAUAAUAAAUUAGACGUUGUUGUGUCA